AUGGUCGGCUUUGACAUGCGUGGCUUGACCCCGGCUCCGGUGACUCCCUUCACGCCGGACGGUGCAGUCGACUACGAAGCUAUCCACCGGCUUGGUUCUUGGCUUGGGGGAAUCGAAGGAGUGAAGGGACUGGUUGUGCUUGGUCACGCUGGCGAAGGCACCUUUCUCACCACUGAAGAGCAAAUCUCCGUCAUCAAGGCUUUUGUGAAGUCGGUGGACAACAAGAUUCCAAUCAUUGCUGGAAUCACUGGUGAGGGCACCGAAGUGGCCGCAUUAGAAGCGAAGCGUGCCAAAGAAGCUGGCGCGGCUGCUGGCUUGCUCUACCCAUCUCAUGGCUGGCUGCGCUUCGGAUAUCAGCCCGGUGCUCCUCAAGAUCGAUACCGUCGUGUCUAUGAGGUUUCUGGUCUGCCGUUGAUCCUUUUCCAAUAUCCAGACAACACCAAAGCAACCUACAAUCUGCAGACUAUGCUUGAUAUUGCUGCUCAACCUGGAUGUUUCGCUAUGAAGAACGGCGUGCGCAACAUGCGCCGAUGGGAUACAGAAAUUCCCAUUAUUCGGGCUCAGCGUCCUGACCUACAAAUUCUUUCUUGUCACGAUGAAUACCUAUUGCAUACUUCAUUUGACGUCGACGGUUUCUUGGUGGGCUACGGUAACAUCGCUCCCGAGCCUCUAAUUGAGCUUAUCAAAGCUGGCAAGGCCAAGGAUUACAUCAAGGCACGAGCUAUCCAUGAUCAGCUCUUGCCGGUUACGAAGAGUGUGUAUCAUCGAGGAUCCCAUAUGGAGGGUACGGUCGCUCUCAAACAUGCUCUUGUUGCUCGGGGGAUUUUGACCCACGCCACUGUUCGAUCGCCCCUGCUGCCCCUUGAGGAUGGUGCAGAGCAGGAAAUUCAUGCUGCCAUCAGUGCUGCGUCGCUCAACAAGGUGGCUUUUUGA